CCUAAAACCAGCCCAUCAUGUAAAAUCUUCUUUAAUGUCUCUUCCCUAAUGGGUUUGAAUGGUCGAGUUCGUACAUGGUGGGGCAGACAAAUUCAACGCCGGCAAAAACGGACUUCUUCCCUUGAUAACUUUUCUAUAAUUAGACUCUAAUCACUAAGUUCAUUUUUCACAGCGGGGAAGAAGAUAAUGGAGAGCAACGGAGAGAACAAAAGAGUCGAGAGACAAUCGCCAUCCUUCAGGCUUCGAAGCCCAAGCCUAAACGCUCUUCGUCUCCAACGCAUUUUCGACUUAUUCGACAAAAACGGCGACGGUUUCAUCACCCUCGAUGAGCUAAACCAAGCUCUCUCCCGUCUCGGUCUCGACGCCGAUCUCUCCGACCUCAAAUCCACGGUGGAGUCCUACAUUCAGCCUGGAAACACUGGUCUCGACUUCAACGACUUCUCCUCCCUCCACAAGACCCUCGACGAGUCCUUCUUCGGCGGAGCAGGAGAUUGCGAUGAGUCUUCGCCGGAGUCCGCAGAGGAGGCGGAUCUCGCGGAGGCGUUUAAGGUGUUCGACGAGAAUGGCGACGGGUUUAUCUCCGCUAGGGAGUUGCAGGCGGUUUUGAAGAAGCUUGGGUUGCCUGAAGGAGGAGAGAUGGAGAGAGUGGAGAAGAUGAUCGUCUCCGUUGACCGGAACCAAGAUGGUCGCGUUGACUUUUUCGAGUUCAAGAACAUGAUGCGCACUGUCGUCAUCCCUUCUUCUUGAUUUUCAUUAAACAAGUUUAUUUUUCCGACAAGAUUUUUUUUUUUUGUUAUGUAUUUCAUUUUCUCAACUGAACUUAUCUCAUGUAAUUUCAGUUUCCAGAUAGAUUUAUCUUAAUGCAAUGAUCGGAUUCAAACAUA